GCGCUGCCUACAUCAAUGACCAGCAGUGUUGUCCGCUGCAGCAUUUUGUUGGGACGGAAUAACAAUGGUGCUGCCUUUCUCGCCAAGCUUCUCCUUCCAGAGAUACCAGCAGUGCUGCUGCCUUUCUCGCUAAGCUCCUCCUUCGUUGUGCCAUACCAGGCCUGAGCUCAUCGUGUGACAGGUGCGUGUGCUCACAACUUCUGGCGCGCAAACAGAGGCGGAAUCUGGGUGAACCUGGCCACAUUUGACAAGGCAAGGCGGGUUCCCCACCAGUCCUGUCGAAGAACGAGAGAGAGAGAGAGAGAGAGAGAACGAGAGAGAGAGAGAGAGAGAGAGAGAGAGAGAGAGAGAGAGAGAGAGAGAGAGAGAGAGAGAGAGAGAGAGAGAGAGAGCGAAGAUGCAGGCGCUGAUCCGUGGGGUGUCGGUUGGGCGGUUGUCGGGAGCGAGCUGUCAGUCGAUCACCGUGCCUUGCACGACGACUGCAACGUCAGUGUCGUCAUCGUCGGAGGGGAUUGCAGGAUGUGUAGCACCGUCGUUGCGGCGAUGGGGGGGAGCGUGCGCGCGGGUUUCCGCGCGCGGGUGCGCAAGAUCGCAUCCGGUGAGAGGGGGAGUGCCGGCGGGGAAAAUGAGCGCCAAAGGGACGACGACGGGGAAAGCAAUGACGUCCUUCCCCAAUAGAGCGGGGACUGUAUCUAUUUUAGGCAUCCGCGGGCCGGGGCGCGAUCACCCGGGGUCUUGGAGGCAGACGGGCCUAUGCCUGGCCUUGAGCGCGGACGUGCUGGACACGACGGCAACGCCAGCUACGGGCGGGGGAGGGGACGACGACGGCGGCGAGGGCGGGCAUGGCGGAGGGGGAGGCGGCGGAGGGAAGGGCGGAGGCGGGGGUGAUGGCGGUGGCAAUCCCGCCGGCGAUCGAGAUGGGGGAGCGGGUGCGGGAGCUGUGGGUGUCCCGUUUCUCGGUGCGCUGGCCACGGGCUGGAAGUCGCGCGUCGACGCCGACCCGGAGUUCGUCUUCAAGGUGCUGACGGAGCAGAUCCUCGGCGUGGGCGCCUGCGUCCUGGGCGACAUGUCCACCCGCCCUAACUUCGGCCUCAAUGAGCUGGACUUCGUCUUCUCCACGCUCGUCGUGGGUUCCAUCGUCAAUUUCGCCCUGAUGUACAUGUUGGCGCCAACUGGGGCCGGGGCAGCGCGGCUGCCGGGGAUUUUUGCUAGCUGCCCCACUGGACAUAUGUUUGAGGCGGGCCCGUACGGUGUCGUGCACAGGGCGGGAACCUAUAUAUACAAGGGCGUGCAGUUUGCCACCGUCGGAUUUGCCGCGGGGCUUGUCGGGACGAGCAUUUCCAAGUCCCUCCUCGCGUUGCGUCAGCGGUACGAUCCCGCCUUCAAGCUGCAGAACGAUCCCCCGCCCACCUUCCUUAAUUCCGCCACGUGGGCGCUGCACAUGGGCUUGUCCAGCAACGCAAGGUAUCAGAUGCUCAACGGUCUCGACAGUGUGUUGGUGAAGCUCCUCCCGCCCACGCCGUUCAAGGUCGUUGUCUUCGCAGUCCGAACGGCCAAUAACGUCAUAGGGGGAUCUUCAUUCGUGAUUCUCGCGAAGCUGACUGGAGCCCAGAGUACAGCAAAAGCCCGCGCGCCCACCUCCCCUUCCUCCACCGUCGUCUCGACUGCGCCGGCAAGCGCGGGCGCUGGCGCGCAGAAGGGCGCGUCGUCCGUCGCAGUCGCCAGGACCUGAGCGCCACCAAGCUUCUCUCCGCCGCCGCUCUCGCUUUCCAUCCGACCCCGAGAUCGACAUUUUCCCCCCCUUCUCAGGAAAAGAUAGGGGAAAAACAAGUGCGCUCUACUCUUCAGCACAGCGAAGAAAUAGGGUUAGCGGCCUUCUGCACGAUAGAUAGACCAUGGGGAGGAUGAUAACGAUACUGACCUGUCAGAUCUCCUGCCGCUGAUCACUUGCAAGAAAUGUGUCUCUGCGGUGGCCCCGCCAGCUAUGCAGCAGCUAGCUCAUCGAUGGCUAGACAGCAGAUACUAACGCGGUACGAAAAGAACGGCUCGCUCUGAUGUCCACCACCCCUCGCCACGUGCCACUCCGUGUGGGUUGAUUCAAGAGCCAUCGAGCCGUCGGCGUGUCCCAGCUCUCUCUCUCCUUAAGCCUACACUGGGUUCAUAUCUUCUCCGCUCUUUCGAUACCGAUGGAUAGACUGCAGACACGUGGUGCUAUAGACUGCAGACACGUGGUGCUAUAGACUGCAGACACGUGGUGCUAUAGACUGCAGACACGUGGUGCGAUAGACUGCAGACACGUGGUGCGAGAGAAGAGAAAGAGAGACACGUGGUCUGAUCUCUACCUGUUACUGACACAUCAUGUCAGCCGGACCAGGAGCUCUAGCCGUUCGGCUUUCACCUGCUCUCUCUUUCUCUCUCUCUCUCUCUCUUAUCCUAGGCUGCGGUCUUAUCUCCUCAUCAGACUGGUGUCGUUAGACGGUGAGGUUACAGUGCAGGUGCUGCGCGCCGAUGAAUGCGAAAAGAGCUGAGGCGUCAUGCUCGCGGAGUCCCGCGUGGACUACGGAAACCCUUCAGUCCGGAUAGGUUUUCCGGGCUAAAGUCAGGGUUUCUGUAGCCACGUCAGAUUUUUGACGUCAGUCCAGUGAAAUCGGCAGUGGACUUGAAUGAAAUAUUGACGCGACAGACGGAAUGCCGGUCUUGUUUGCACUGUCGCCCCGCCAGACCUUUCCAAUAUGUGCAGGAGCAAGCCCAGGGGGAAGAGAGAGAGAGAGAGAGAGAGAGAGAGAGAGAGAGAGAGAGAGAGAGAGAGAGAGAGAGAGAGAGAGAGAGAGAGAGAGAGAGAGGCGAAAGCCUCUUGAUCGCGAUGGAGGUUUCCAAUGCGGCGGGAAUACUCGCGGUGUUGUAGGUGUGUUGGUGCUUGUUACGGUGAUGGAACGGGUUUGACCUCUCUUAAGUUUCUGAGACAGGAAGACGGCCAAAUGAGUUGUGGAGUGAUUUCCCUGGGCUGUGAUGUGGGGAACAAGGACAUGUGACUCACUAUCUGACUCACUUAUACAAAUGAGGGGAAAGACGUUUCGCAAUUCUCGCUGUGUGGAAUAAUGUGGUGGACGCUGCUGAUGCAUGGCGGCUACUGACGCGAAGCCCAGCAGCACCUUUUGGCCGAGAUAGGAUUUCGCCUGGAGACACAUAGAUGGAUAGAGCAGAGAGAGAGAGAGAGAGAGAGAGAGAGAGAGAGAGACGACUGUUUACCGAGGUCCGCUUCCCUUUUCUGAGGGUCCGUCUCGCUUGAAGUACUCGAUAAAUUAUCGUCCUGUCUUGGGCCCAUCGUAGUGUUCCUGUCUUUCGCUGCCAAGCUCGCAUGAUGUCACUGCUUUCUGCUUUCUUCCUCGUUGAGAUCACUUUAUGCCACAUUUUGAUUCCACUUCUCCUCUCCUCCCCUCAUCGCUUCCCUUCCGUUUUUCCCACGUGCGUUUUGCUGUCCGCCGAAGACGGUUUCCGCUGUUCCGCAUCUCUGGCUAUGCUGGUUCACCAUGUUCCGCACUUAGAUUUUUCCGUCUCCCUCGCCUCGCCUCUCCUCUCCCCUCGCCCCCGCAUGUCCAAGUGCGGGAGUUCCCACUCCCAACCCCCCAACUGAUCAGGCAGUUUUUUGUUUUGUGGCGCAGUAAUUAAUCCUUUCAGGCGCAGGCGCGCGUGUACUUUCCUUUGUUGGUGGAAGAGAACGGGGUGUACGUGUUUGUAUUUUCCUUGCGUGGUGGGAGAGUGUGUCCUCUCACGGGCAUUUUUCUAUCUUGGUGGAUGAGAUGGGCGUUGACGACAAACGAUGAUGAUGCCUAAAAUGCACGUGUGACGCUUGCUUGUAUGUGUGUUUGUGUGUGUGUGUGUGUGUGUGUUGCUGUGUGUUGCUCUGUGUGUGUGUGUGUUGCUGUGUGUGUGUGUGUGUGUGUGUGUGUGUGUGUGUGUGUGUGUGUGUGUGUGUGUGUGAUCACCAAAUUUCAGACCCAAAUGCAGAGAACAG